AUGCCUUCAAUCAUGCCGGCGAAAAGCUUCGCUGAGUCAGAUAAGCCUUCUCGGCCUGUUCACUCGCAGCGGAGAGAAUGGAGGAGGCCUCUCGUUCUCGCGCUCGCUUUUUUCGGCAUCUGGGCAUGGAAACUCGGUGACUGGCUCGACGGCCGCAACGCAAUUCUCCACACGGAGCGGAGCGGGCCUUUCCCUGUCUUCACCGACUGGGACGACAUUCCGCCAUGCGAGAAGCUGCGCUGGGUGCGAUGCGCUCUGCCCGGCAUGGCUCCCACAGGUCGUGGCUACAUGUGCGCCCGUUUGACCGUGCCGAUGGAUUACCAACGGCCUCUGAAUUUGUCCUCCGACAAUCCCAAGGUCCACAUCGCCAUGGUCCUCCUUCCCGGCCUCGGCAACGGCUUGGAGACCCGCCGCUUUUCCGAGUCUCCGCUUAUUCUCAACCCCGGCGGGCCCGGCGGAUCCGGAACCAUGUUCACGCUUCCGCCCUUCGGCCCCACAAUCCAGACGGCCGCCGGAGGCAGAAUCGACAUCAUCGGCUUUGAUCCUCGGGGCAUCGGAGCCACAACACCCCGUGCUGACUGCUUCGUUGAUACUGAGCCAGGCCACGAGUCCUCAACCGAGGCAAAGAAUCUCGCUUACCUGCACCGGCUGACCUGGAAUACGAUGGCUCACGACGUCGGCCUGCCCAACACUACCGCCGGCGCCACGGACCAGCUCGUCCAUAGGGCCAAGGCGCUGUCCAAGCUUUGUUCCCAAAAAUAUGGGGACGCGGGUGGAUUCAGGUACAUGGCGACGCCAAACGUGGCGGCCGACAUGAAGACCAUCGUCGAAGCACACGACGCCUGGCUCGAGGACAAUGGAUUCAACACCGUUCCGCUCAGCGCGGGCAAGCUCUCGGCAAGCGAGGCGCUUCCGCCUUCUACCAAGGGCAAGCUCGUGUACUGGGGCUUCAGCUACGGCACGUUUCUUGGGCAGACCUUUGCGGCCAUGUAUCUGGGGCGAUUGGUUCUUGACGGUGUUGUAGACUCCAGGUCGUAUGAUACGCCCUCGUGGAUCUCGGGCAUGCAAGACGCAGACGCAAUCCUCGACAAGCUCUUCUACUACUGUCAUUCCGCCAGUAACGGCUGCGCCCUCUUCCGUGAUGGCGAUGAUGGCCCGGACCCCAUCAAGAAACGAUACGAGCAAGUCAUGGCCAAGUUGCGAGACGAACCAGUUAUCGUCGUAUCUCGCCUGGGGCACAUGCCCAUCGUAUUGAUGGAGGCCGAUGUCAAGAAGGUGCUUUUCACAUCAUUGUACUCUCCCACCAGGAUCUUCCCUUUGUUGGCCAACUUCCUGAACCGCGUCUUCGUCGGAGACGACCUCUCCGACUGGGUGAUCGCGCCGGAUUUCGGCUUCAUCCGCGACCCAACUCUGAAGCUGCCAAUCUACCCCGAAGAGAGCGCGCCGGCCAUCGGAUGUAGUGACCAGCGGUACCGUCGAAACGAGACAUGGGAGGAGACGCUGAACGAGGUGUCUAAGUACACGACUUCGUUCGCAGACGUCUGGACGUCCAUUAUGAUGGUCUGCGAAGACUGGGACGUGGAAGCCAAGUUCCCCAGCCCCGACUGGGACGCGAACCUCCAGAGCCCAAACCCGAUCAACACUUCCUUCCCGAUCCUAUUCGCAGGCAAUACCCACGAUCCCGUCACUCCUCUCUCCUCGGCCGUCGCGAUGUCGCAGAGAUUCGUCGGCGCCGGCCUCUUCGAGCUCAAGGCCGAGGGCCAUUGCACACUGGCCGCGACAUCGCUCUGCGCCAUCAUGAAGAUCCAGGACUACUUGCAAAAGGGUGUUGUCCCGCCGCAGCCGACAGUCGUCGCCGACGGGACCCUUGCAGGGUGGGAUACGUGUGAAGCCAACGAGUGGCCUUGGAAGCCGUUCCUUGGGGGCCCUGGCAAGACGGAAGAUGGCGUGCGUGCGGAGGACCUGCUUGUCUUGCAGGGGCUGAGAGAAGUGCAUGGAGAGAUCAUCGGCAGGUUGACACCGCCUUUGAAGGUGCGUCUCGAGUGA